AUGCUCUUUCUAGAAGGUUGCACUGUUGCUGGGGAACUGCUGCUCUGGCUGAGUACUUGGUCUAGCUUUGGUGCUCAGAUAACUUGGGACAGUGAUCAUGGGAGACUUUGCUCAGAGAUGGGCUCCAAUCUCAAGGUCAUAUCUAUUGCCACUAUGUGCUUAUACUGCCUUCAGGCUCUUACUAUAGAUUCUGAAGUUUCUGUGGAAGUUCUUGUCAAGAAACUGGUGAGUAACUCUGCUUCUGAGAAAACCUCAGAGAGUGUGGUUAGAGAUAUGGGUGUUGAGAGGUACUUGAAGCCUAUAGUGGUUGAGGAUGGACUGGUCAUCCAAGUGGGUGGUGUCAAUACUGGGAGUGUGUUUGGAAGGGGAAUACUGGAGGGUUUCAGGGCUGAUAGUAUGUCAGAGGAGAUAGAGAAUGCUGUUCCUGUUUCUCCUUCUGUCAAUCUUGCUGAGGGUAACAGAGCUGUAGGGUCUCACCCAUAG